AAAAAUAUGUUGGUACCCAAGCCUGUAAACGUAAAUAAAGCUGCAACGGCUAUAUCCAACAAAAAACGAAAUAAAAAUUCAAAUACGAAAAAGAUAAUGGUGCCUAUAGGCCUUUGGGUUUGGGUUUUUUCCUAACAAAAAGUCCCUGCAACUGUCACAAAUGUUGCACAUGAUAUCUUACCCGUUGAUUUUCUGUCAAUUUUAUGACAUGGUUUUAUGACAGUUUUGAGUUAUAUAUGUCUUUUGCUUCCCCUUAGCUUUACCCCAUUUCUUUGCUUUGUUUUUAUUACCAGAUUCGCAUUAUAAGUCCUAGGCUCGUAGCCUUAUAGCUUCCUCACCUUUGGCCCACUUCCUACCUCUUGUUGCCACUCACAUCUCACUCUUUUCUUUCUUUCUCUCUUCUCUUCAAUCUUGAGUCUGGUCUGUUUGGUCAGUGUCUUCUCUAUGGCUUUGCUUGUUCUUCUUCUUUUUUUAGCAGUUGCUCAAGCAACAGCUGAUGAAGAUCCAUAUAUUGGAGUGAAUAUAGGAACAGACCUAUCAGACAUGCCACACCCAACGCAAGUAGUUGCUCUUCUUAAAGCUCAGCAAAUCCGACAUGUUAGGCUAUACAAUGCCGACCGAGGCAUGCUAGUUGCUCUAGCAAACACUGGCAUUCGAGUUAUGGUCUCUAUCCCCAAUGAGCAACUUCUUGGCAUUGGCCAAUCAAAUUCCACUGCAGCUAAUUGGGUCUCCCGAAACAUUGUAGCCUAUUAUCCUGCAACUAACAUCACAGCAAUUUGUGUAGGUUCUGAAGUUUUGACUACUCUUCCUAAUGCAGCACCAGUCCUCGUGAAUGCCAUGAAGUUCAUUCACUCGGCCCUUGUAGCGUCCAAUUUAGACAACCAAAUCAAAGUUUCAUCACCUCUUUCUUCCUCCGUAAUCCUUGAUUCUUUCCCACCUUCCCAAGCCUUCUUCAAUCGCUCGUGGAAUCCAGUUUUGGUCCCCAUGCUUAAUUUCUUGCAGUCUUCAGGCUCAUUUCUCAUGCUUAAUAUAUACCCUUACUAUGACUAUAUGCAAUCAAAUGGUGUGAUUCCACCAGACUAUGCACUUUUCAAGCCUCUUUCUCCAACCAAGGAAGCUGUCGAUGCUAACACACUUGUCCACUAUUCCAAUGUCUUUGAUGCUACGGUUGAUGCUGCAUACUUUGCCAUGGCUUUUCUGAACUUCACCAACAUUCCUGCUAUAGUGACUGAAACUGGCUGGCCAUCAAAAGGUGAUUCCAAUGAGCCAGAUGCAACAUUAGAGAAUGCCAACACUUAUAACAGCAACUUGAUCCGCCAUGUGAUGAACAAAACCGGAACUCCUAAGCGGCCUGGAAUUGCUGUCAGUACUUACAUCUAUGAGCUCUAUAAUGAGGACAUGAAACCAGGGCCAAUCUCAGAGAAAAAUUGGGGAUUGUUUGAUGCAAAUGGUGACCCUAUUUAUAUACUACACUUGACAGGGUCAGGAUCAUUGUUAGCAAAUGAUACUACUAACCAAACUUAUUGUACUGCAAAGGAUGGAGCUGAUCCAAAGAUGUUGCAGGCUGCUUUAGAUUGGGCUUGUGGACCUGGAAAGGUGGAUUGCUCACCAUUGUUGCAAGGAAAACCAUGUUAUGAGCCAGACAAUGUGAUCGCACAUGCAACCUAUGCAUUCGACACUUACUAUCAUCGGAUGGGGAAGACUUCUGAUGCAUGUGACUUCAAUGGGGUUGCGGAUAUCACAACAACAGAUCCAAGUCAUGGUUCUUGUAUUUUUCCAGGAAGCCUUGGCAGGAAUGGAACUAUGGUAAAUAUCACAGCACCAUCCAUGAAUUCAACGAGUUCGGAUUCACCUGGUCAAAAUUUUUAUGGCAGGGGAGGUUUCACUAGCAUUCUAGUGUUAAUCAAAGUUAUUGUCUGGAGUGUAAUUUUCUCGUAGGCUUGGUAGUUGGUGUAUGUUGGGAUCUUUUGCAAUUCAUUCAAGCAAAUUUUGAGAGUAGAGGUGGUGGUCAGAGGGAAUUUUUUUCCCGUAUUUUGGAGAUAGUGACCUGGUGGAAGAGUGGCCUAUUCAAUUUGUACAAAGGAAGAUGGAGGAGCCAGAGACUUUGCUAUGAUGUCAUUAAAUCCUCAUUCUUUUCAGAUUGGAUUUGGGAGUUUUUAUAAACAUCUAUCUUGUUAAAUCAUUUACUUUUUUUUUUUUCGUUUAAAUUUUUAUAUAUAGGAAGA